UACAAAUAAUCAUACCUGAUAGACUCAAGUGCAAAAAUUGCUUCGGUUUCCAUUAUUCAAAAGGUAGUUUUUUUCAAGUAUGGAAUAACUUUCGACACUGGAAGAGCAUUUAUCAUUAAAUCCAUUCUUCUCCAAAAAUGCUGAAAUUCGUUUUUCUAUUUCUUUGUAUUGUCGCUGCUCAGACCGUUACAGCUGAGCAUGGCGAAGAAGACUUAAAAUGCAAUUUCAGAUAUUGUGGCGCAGAACUAUUAAAUUUCGAAAAGUUCAGCCUUUCAGGAAUUUUCAGAAAGAUAGAGCUUGCUCAAUUUUGUGUUAAGAACUGCACUCCUCCAAUUGUGCACGAAUUCUUUCAAAGUAUCAUUUUCGCCAUUACCAGACGCAUUCCUGGAAACUGCCAAAGAGAAGAAUGUACGGAGAAAAACAGAUUUGUUGCUUUGGCCAAAUGUGGUCAUGAGAAAGCUUGGCCCUUACUGCAGUGCAGCAAAAGACUAGUAGACUUGGCGCAAGUGGCAUUGGAAAUUGAACAAAAACAGCAGAAGCGGAAUUACACCUGCAGCAUCGUGGUCGAUACAACGCAGUGUAUUGAAGAAAUUCUGCACGAAUGUGGUUCGCAACCGUUUAGCUUAGUGCAAGAAAUUUUCGGCGAUGUUAUCAAAGUGGGAAUCAGUUCCUACUGCCACCGGUCCUUCAGAAACGACUUCUUCGUUGAAGACCCGUCAACAACCACUCCUGACUACCAGGAACGUAUGAAGUAUUUCACUGACAUAAGCCCCCAGCCAGGACAUCAUCCUUAUCCACAAUUCGUCAAGGGCUAUCGUCCAGACUCAGCAUCGACAAGCAAGAUAUCUUACCUGUGUAUUCUACUGAGUCUGGCUUUGAGUUAUGUUUUCUUAUUCCGACGUUGGUAACACUCAGCCUUACCAUCGCCAUGAAUUCAUAUCUUGUUUUCCCAUGUUGUUUUAAUUUCAUUCAACUUAGUGUACUUACUGAUAUUCAAUAAAACUUUUCUUUUAUGAGUGUUAA